CCAAACUUCAAACGUUAACCACAAGCUCUGUCCGAAACCCUUAAAAGCUAAAACCCUCGGCGCGAAACGAUCGAUGUCAAACCCACGCGCCGCCGCUGGCGACGGUGACGGAGAAUCCAAGGACAACACGAUCACCAAGGCUGCAGGGGUCUUGGUAUUCUCAGGCAUCGCACUGAGCAUUCUCAAAGCAAUAAUCCCUCUCAAAAAACCCAGAAUUACCGAAACUCAAUCAGCUAACGAGUCACCACUCAGUGAGUCAACUCAGCUAAUUCAAUUUCAACCACCACGGCCUCUCCCUCCCCAUGAACCCUUUGUCAAGAAACCCAUUACCUACAUGGACCACAACUUGCCAGAAGUCCCUGAAUUGUCACACAAAACAAUAGAGAUUGCUAAAGGAGAUACUCUUUGGGGUCUCUCUAGAAAGUUUGGGGUUUCUGUCAAUGCAAUAAAAGAGGCGAAUGGGCUUAAAGGGGAUACCAUCUAUGCAGGCAAGAAACUUAUCAUUCCUUGAUGUCAUCUCGUGUUCUCUAUAUCAAGGAUGUUUGGUGUCUGCUAAGCAAGAUUUGGUGCUGCAAUUGUCUGUCUUGCUCAUUCCCUAUUUCAAAUGAUGUGGCCGACUGGUUUGAGAUUAGUGGUAGAUUAACGGCUUCCUAGUGUAAAAUAUAAGUGAAAACUAAAAAGUAAUGACCUCCCAUUUGACAUGGGAUUUUGUGUUGUACUUUAUAUCUCAGAUGAUCUUUUUUUCUAAAUUAUAAAUAAACAACAUCUACCUUGUAAUUUUGAUGCCAGAUGCUUAAAAAGAGAAAUGAAGAUGGUUCUUGCCAAGCCUUUGACUC